CUCAAUAAAUUAAAAGGAAAGAUAGACACGGUGAGAGUGGUUAUUAAAAUAAUUAAUAAAUCAAGAUAAUCAUUAUUUAUCAUCAAUAAAAAGACAAUUAAACAAAUCAAAAACCCAAAACUUGUCGUUACUCUUACUCCGGGCAGCCCAAGCCCACGUUCUUUUUAUACUGAGAAGGACCCUGCCCGUCCUGCCCGAUACCUGACUGAGAAAUUACGGUCAGUCAGUCAGUCAGUCACCCACACCAGUACUCUGUCUCUCUCUCCCCUUCUCUUUGAGAUAUUUUUUUCUAUAACUUGGUGUCUCUGUGUCUCUACGAUCACGAUCGAACGGUGCAAAAUGAACGGAGCAUCCCACGCUUAUUUCUCGAGGUUUUAGAGCUUCAAACCUCCAGAUCUGCUAUAGUUCUGCUCAGAUCUUGAUUUCUGGUCUCUAUUAUUUGUUUUCCUUUUUCAAAGCACGCAAAUGGAGGCUAACUACAGCUCAGUGACCGUUACGCUAGGUAACGGUGUGCUAACGUACGCCGGGGAUGCUGUAGCAAGUUUGCUAGUUUCGGCCCUGCUCAAAGCUCAGCUUUUAGCCCAGGACCCUAUUGGUUCAUUGCUGACUAACAAACCCAGGAUGAAAGGAGAUAACACAAACAGGCAGAUCAAGCCAGUUGAUGCAGGUGGAGAUGAUGGCGAUGAAGACGAUGGGGAUGACGACGACGAUGGAGAUGGUGGAUUUGGAGAAGGCGAAGAGGAAAUAUCAUCUGAAGAUGGAGGAGACAACGGCAACAACCCUAACAACAACAAGAGCAAUUCUAAAAAGGGUCCUGGGGGUGGAGCAGAAGAGAAUGGAGAAGAGGAAGAGGAUGAUGAUGAUGAAGAAGAUGGUGAGGAUCAAGAUGAUGACGAUGACGACGAUGAUGAUGACGACGACGACGAUGGUGGGGAAGAAGAUGAGGAGGAAGUUGAGGAGGUAGAGAAUGAAGAUGAGGAGGAUGAAGACGAGGAAGCCCUCCAGCCCCCAAAGAAGAGGAAGAAGUGAGAUAGACAAAAUAGUAGAGGCUCCUCAAAUACGUUAUUUCCUGUGACUUGUUCUCUAACUUUUUAUGGAACUACUUAGAUUAUGAGGUAGCCUUCUUAGGACAAACAUGUUAUGCAUAAUUAUUUUAUUUUCGUUUGCAUGAUUAGAGUACUGUAGAACUGUGAGCUGCGGGAAAUGAUCAAUUCGAGAAGAUGUGGUGAUUAUCUUAGCAACAUUUAAUCAAAGCUUACUUGUAGAAUUCAUCAGCAAUUUCCUUUC